AUGUCACUUCCCGGAAAUAGAAACCAACAGAACCCAGAACCCAGGUAUCCAGGUCUCCACAGUGGAGAGGAACCCAAAGCCAUAUCACUUGGUGCCAAGAUGUUCUGCUGUUUGCCCCUGCCCAGAGGCUGGAGCCUCAGGAGAGCUCACAGGAAGUGUGUGGGAUCGCUGUCGAUGCUGGCUCAGGCCCCCCGAGGAGGCCUCUGGCCCUUUGCCCGAAGGAACAGGAAGAGCUUCCCACAAGAUAUGGCUGAUGAGGGGGGACACCCCAUCCACCCUCCCAUGGGAGGAGUCAGAGCACCACCCCCCUGCCCGGGAGGCCCAGUGCAGGCUCCAGGAGAGUGUGCCCACGGAGGGGUCAGCCCAACCGGGAAUGAAGAGGAAGCAGGGAAGGCCUGCUGCCCAGACACCACCCGGGACACACCUCGGGGUCCAGUCUCAGCCUGCCAUGGGGCUCAGCACACCCGGCUCCGACCCAGAGCCCCAGAACCUCUGCCUCUGAGGCAGCGGGAGGACCUGGAGCGCAGCACGGCAGAGCACAGAGCUCUGCUGCUCGCCUUCAACCGGGCUCCACUUCCAAGACCUGUCCCUACAGAGGUGGUUGCUACACGUGCAGGAUCCCCAGCCCCAGGCAGCGAUGUCCCACCCCCUCAGCAAGCACGUCCACCUCCACGUGCACCUGCCCCUGCUCCGGCUUUGGCAAGAGAACCCGAGUCAGGGCAUGAGUUACCACCUCUGCAGGGAGAGCCUGCCCUGGCUCCUGCCCAAGACCCAGAUGCCCACGAUGACUGA